AUGGCAGAUAUCGAUAUGGACGUCGACAUGGACAUCGACCUCGGCUUGGACCCCGAAAUCGCCCAACUCGAGGCAGAGGCCAUGAAGAUUGAAGCCCGCUCGGCGGCACUAAACACCCAAGACCAAUCUGGAUCUACCCCUGCCGACAACCCCGACGAUCUCGCCCCGACCAAAGUACACAUCCGCGGUCUAGACAACCUCACCACCGACAACAUCAGGCAGUUUGCUGGCGAGUACUAUUCGCUAGACAACUUCCAGCGUGUCGAAUGGAUCGAUGACACGUCGGCCAACCUCAUCUACGAGUCCGCAGAAGCAGCUUCAGAAGCUCUCAACGCCCUCUCCGACCUACCAGACGGCGCCGCACAACAUGUCGCCCCUCUGCAAAUGCGCAAAGCCAAAGCACUCCCCUCAAAUUCCGAAGCCGAACUCUACAUCCGUCAAGCCACCCUUGCCGACAAGAAAGCCCCUCGCGCUCAUGAGAGAAGUCGUUUCUACCUCAUGAACCCUGAUCAUGACCCGAGAGAACGCAAAGCAGAAUAUGACAACAGGAGGAGAGGCCCGCGGAGAGAUAACAGACAGAGACCUGAGGCAGCGAAGCCAUUCGAUGUCAACAUGUACGACGACGCCGAAGAAACGCCAGCACUCAGCUACGACGACGAAGACGAUCGAAGGAAUGUUCGCCGCAGAGACGAACGCCCGAGGAGGCCGCGUGGGGGUGAUCUGUUCGCUGGAAAGGACACAGGUAGAUUGCGCGAUCGUAGCGCUUCUCCUGUCAGGGAUGGAGAUGGAAGAUAUGGCUUUGACCAAGAGCAGCCCGAACGCAGGACGGCUCGUCGCAGAACCAUCUCACCCGCACCACGUAAGAAGGAUCUCAUGGCUCCCGCUCGUGCCAGUAAAGGUCCGAUAGAACUUCUACCCGCAAAGGGCGGCAAGACCUUUGGACUUGAUACACCACUCACUUCGACAAGUCCUCCGAAGCGCAACAGAGAACUCUUCCCCAACAAGUCCUCCCGCAGCAAUCAUCGCCGUUCGGACGCCCUUGACGCUGGCGAGACUGCAAGCAUAAGACGCAGCCUUGCUGAUCGCAUCACCGGAGGACCAGAGUCGGGUGGCUUCAGCAUCAGAGGAAGCGCUCAAGUAGACGUACCAGGCUUCUCGAUUCGGGGUGCUUCUCGCGAAGUCAAUCCAGUUGUCAAGGAGUUGUUCCCUUCAAAGUUCAGCAACGGAGAGCCAAACGACCUUUUCGCCGACAAGAUGAGAGACCGUAACACACAACGCAGACGUGCAGAGGAUAUGAUGUAG